UCAGAAACCUUGAAAGGAAACUAACUGAAAAUCAGUUGUUUCGGUUUCAUUAUCUCCGCCCUCCUCUGCCGGGAUUCUGAUUCCGCCUCCGUAAACACCCAAAAUGGAGGCUACUAAGCUAUCUUCGGCUAAACCCGUUCAGACUUUGAAGCCGAAGAAGACGGUUUCUUUCGACGAAGAUCCCAAUAAACCCUCCGAUGAAUUGCCGCUUCCUUUGCAUCUAAUGAACUCAUUUUUCUUUACCCUUUUCUUCUCGGUGGUCUAUUUCCUUCUUUCCAGUUGGCGUGAAAAAAUCCGUACCAACACUCCUCUCCACGUCUUCACCUUCUCCGAGAUCGUCGCGAUCAUGGCCUUCUUUGCAUCUUUCAUUUAUCUCAUAGGCUUCUUUGGGAUUGAAUUUGUUCAGUCUUUGGUUUUCCGACCGUCUCCUGAAGUUUGGAUUUCCGAGGACGAGGAGGAAGAUGAAGUUUUGCUUCGUAAAGAGGAUGCCCGUAAAGUCCCUUGUGGACAAGCUCUCGAUUGCUCGCUUCCUCCUUUGCCUCCUCAAAUACCGAUCGUGACUGCCCAGAAAAUGUUCGAUGAAAAGCCUUUGACAGUUUUAACGGAGGAAGACGAGGAGAUAAUUAAAUCCGUUGUGGCGGGAACAACUCCUUCGUAUUCGUUGGAAUCGAAAUUAGGUGAUUGCAAGAAAGCGGCUGCAAUCAGGCGUGAGGCGUUGCAGAGAUUAACUGGCAAGUCAUUGUCUGGAUUGCCCUUGGAGGGGUUCGAUUACGAGUCGAUUUUGGGGCAGUGUUGUGAGAUGCCGAUCGGGUACGUGCAGAUUCCCGUGGGAAUUGCUGGGCCGUUGUUGCUUAAUGGAAGAGAGUUCUCGGUUCCCAUGGCUACCACUGAAGGCUGCUUGGUAGCUAGCACUAACAGGGGAUGUAAGGCUAUUCAUUUAUCCGGUGGAGCUACAAGUGUUCUAUUGAAAGACGGCAUGACUAGAGCUCCGGUUGUAAGGUUCGGUACCGUGAAACGAGCAGCUGAUUUAAAGCUGUAUUUGGAGGAUCCUAACAAUUUCGACACCUUGUCUGUUGUUUUCAACAGAUCAAGUAGAUUCGGUAGGCUUCAAGGUAUCAAGUGUGCAAUUGCAGGGAAGAAUCUGUACAUGAGAUUCACUUGCAGCACUGGUGAUGCUAUGGGGAUGAACAUGGUUUCCAAGGGAGUCCAAAACGUUUUGGAUUUCCUUCAAACCGAUUUCCCCGACAUGGAUGUCCUCGGCAUCUCUGGAAACUUUUGCUCCGACAAGAAACCGGCUGCGGUAAAUUGGAUCGAAGGACGAGGCAAAUCCGUUGUCUGCGAAGCCAUUAUUAAAGGUGAUCUGGUAAGGAAGGUGUUGAAGACGAGCGUGGAAUCUCUCGUGGAACUUAACAUGCUUAAGAACCUUACCGGAUCAGCUAUGGCUGGAGUUCUGGGUGGAUACAAUGCUCAUGCCAGUAACAUUGUGAGUGCAGUCUACAUAGCUACCGGCCAAGAUCCGGCUCAAAAUGUUGAGAGCUCUCAUUGCAUCACCAUGAUGGAAGCUGUUAACAACGGCGAAGACCUUCACGUCUCUGUCACAAUGCCUUCUAUUGAGGUUGGCACUGUUGGUGGUGGAACUCAACUUGCAUCUCAGUCAGCCUGUUUGAACUUACUUGGAGUCAAAGGUGCAAGCAAAGAGGUACCGGGGGCAAACUCGAGGACGCUCGCAACUGUAGUAGCCGGCGCCGUCCUUGCCGGGGAGUUAUCGCUCAUGUCGGCACUUGCUGCUGGUCAACUAGUUAAUAGCCAUAUGAAGUACAAUAGGUCAAGUAAGGAUGUUUCCAAGGCUUCUUCCUAGAGAGAAAAUGUCCUGAAAAAUUGGGGGGUAAUGUUGCAAAAUCCCCCAUGGUAGAAUGUACAAAGGACACAAAUCUGUGUGUAAUAAGUUGGAAAGAGACAUCGUCUCUUUCUAAUUUUCUUUUAUUUUGUUUUGUAUUUUGUUCU